GGGCCUGGGGAAGGGGGGAACGAUUGAGAAGUGGGCGCGUGGCCUGGCGGUUUGUGGCUUGAGCAGCGUUUUCAGGUUUUUGUAUGGCCUUCAAGACGAUACAUUUGGACACUAAUUAGCCCCGAAGGGCAACUGGUUGGGAGAGCACCAUUUCCUUUUAUAUUGAAGCCAUGCCGCAGAACGGAAGUGUCCUUUAGUCUGAGAUUGCAGUGAGAAGCCCUUUGCCUUUACUGCUCAGCAUGUUGGUUCAGCCUCUCGGCAGCUUGGCACCCCGUUUGCAGCGGGUCCUCUGCUCUCCCCGGGCACACCAAGCUGUGUGCAGCCUCUUCCCAUCUUGUGGUGUCCCGCAGCUACACACUUCAAAGAGUUUAAUGUCGUCUGAGUUCAAACAGAGUGAUGCGAACCAGAGGAAAACAUCAAAAGCUCAACUAGAAAGAAUUCACCGUGCUGACACCGGCUCUUCGUUUUCUGUAUUUACAGCUGGGGCAGCCAGAAAAAGAGCAGAGUCCGCAAAAAGCCAAAUGGGCCUCGAAUUGGCCGAGACCUCAACAGUGACAAAAGUUGGGAAGUCGUUAGUUCCACUGAAGCCUUUAAAUGUAGAUGAUUGGAAGAAAUUGAAAACGGAAUCGCCCAAUAAAACUCGUUUUGAAGUAAGCAUGAUGGAAAAACUGCUGUCUGCUCGUGCUGAUAUUGAUGUGGCUAAAUCGCUUUUAGUUUUUGUUACAAUGGAAAAUGGUACUGUUGAGUAUGAACUCCUUCUGAAGUAUUUGGCACUGUGUGUCCAACAGCAGCAGCUGACUGAGAUACUUGAUUUGUAUGGCAUGAUGAAAACUAGAUUCAAAAUAUUAGACAUUGGAGCUUACAGCCUCUUCAUCAGUGGUUUUAGCAAGACAGAUCGCUGGAGGGAGGCUGUGAUGUUUUUAGAUUCAAUUAAAAAAAUGGUUACCCCAUCACCAAGAAAUUAUGGGGAUAUUGUUAUUUCUGCACUCGAGCAUAAAGAAGUAGAAACUGCAUGGAUGUUGUUUAAAGAAAUGGAAAACAAAAACUUAAAACCAACUGAGAACACAUUGCAAACAUUUUUUGAUUAUGGCAAGUCAUUCUGUGAUGAUCAGUAUGAAAAUAAGAUUAUGUAUAUCCUCUUCUACCUGAGAGAUAAUCAGAUAUACCCUGGGAAAGGUUUAAUGCAAAGUAUCCAUUCAUGGUUUGAAAGCAUCCCAGGCAAACAAUGGGAAGGGCAUGAAACGGCUAUAUUGCACAGUGGAAAAUGCCCUGUAUGCAACACAUUACUGGAAUCAAUUCAGCUGAGUGUGGAAGAAUAUCACUUAUUAAGAGAGUGUGUGAUGAAUGAAAUUAUUCAAGGGACAGAUACAUUUAAAAAGACAACUCCUCAGGAACUGCAACAUUUCCAAACUUUUGUGAAAAAACGUCCGCCUUAUGAUAUUGUAAUUGAUGGAUUAAAUGUCGCUAACAUCGCACCCAAGGGUAAUCAGUCCAAAAUUCUUCUUGAUGUAGUUUCUUACCUUGCAAAUCGAAACAUGAGACUUCUCGUACUUGGACGUAAGCAUAUGCUGAGAGGAACACGUAGCUGGAACAAAGCUCAUAUGGCUGACAUACAGAAGUAUGCUGACUGCUUUUUCACAGAAAAUAUUUCUGAAGAUGAUCCCUUUUUGUUAUACGCAACUAUGCAUUCAGGCAAUCAUUGUAAAUUCCUUAGUAGAGACCUCAUGCGGGAUCACAAAGCUUGUUUGUCUGACCAGAAUACCCGAAGACUGUUUUUCAAGUGGCAACGUGGACACCAGCUUGUGUUGUCAAGGUACAAUCCAGGGAACAGAAUGAAAUUUGAGAUCAUAUCAAAAUAUGACACCAUAGUACAGACUACACAAGAUACUUGGCACAUACCAUAUGAUGAAGAAGGUGUUGAGAGAUGUUCCUACGAAGUUCCACGUAAAUGGUUGUGUCUUCGAAAACAUAACUGAAGAGAAGCAGUGAAUAAAAAUUUUGAUGCUGCCUGUUCUUUGUUUAAAGGAGUUGUUGUAUUCUGUUUUUAUGUUUGAUAUUUAUUUAGUCAAUAUUUUGUUUUAUUUCUCAAAUUUCUUCAACAUUUUCCACUUUUUCUUUUCUAGCACUUGUAGUUCAGUACAAAUUUCCAGGUGUCAAUAGUCUUCUACUACCUCAGCCAAAUGACUAUUCUUCCUGUUGCUGUCUAGAUGGUAUCAGCUGUGUUUUUGAACCUAGUGAUAUUGUCACCAAAACUAAUAUGACUCCCACGUAGCAUUUUUUAAAAUAUUUCCUACAUAGCAUAAUGGGUAGUUAUCAUGAUAUAUAGCAAAACAACAAAAGUUGUUUUCUCCUUCCCUUGAUUCCCACACCCCCAUCAAUUUCUGUCAGUCAAUCAAGCAAUUUAAUCAAUGACUUUUAAAAAUUCAAUGAAAAUGCUGAUUGACUUAACUUAGUUAAUGUAAUGGCUUAUUAGAUUCCCGGGCAAGUUAUCCUGAUCGAGUUCCACUAACUCAGUUCAGAUAAAGAAUUCAGACUUAUUGAUCUUUAUACGACCUAAUCAUCACAUCAUGUACCAAUAUUUAACAAACAAAAACAGAGAAUGCUGGAGAGACUCAGCAAGUCUGGCAGCAUCUGUGAAGAGAAAACAAAGUGAACGUUUUGAGUCUGGUGACUGUUCUUCAGAACUGCCAGCAAUUUCCCUCCAGCAAUUUGUUUUCAUUUGUUUCAGAUCUACAGCGUUCCUUGCUUUGUUAUUAUGUACCAGUAUGUCACUGGUAAAAUCUGGACAUUAUUUUGUCAUUUUGUUGCAUUUUUAAAUUAAGCAUUCAGUAUUAUUUGCCUCUUAGACUACCAAAGGGCUUCUGUGAUGUAGAUGAUUGGCUUGGGUAUGUAAAAUUGCAUUAUGUCUGCUCAGUCAGUCCAUAUUCAAAUUAAAGUAGUAUUUCUUGUUAUCUCUUGGUGAGAAAACAGGAAUGUUCCAUUAAAAAAAA